AUGUUGGGUGUGUUCAAGAAUGGAGUAAUUAACCCACCAAAGGAGCUGCACAGCCCAGCUUCAACAGCAGCUUAUGGCAAAUCCAAAUCUCCAGAAGAAACUCUCAAGGAAUUUUUAGCUUCAAAUUCCAACAAUGGCUUCUCUUUGGGAUUUGUGGACAGGGCAAUCUUGGCCUAUGUUCCUCCUCAGUCCUCUGUCAAUGUCAAGCCCAACCAAAGAUUGUUCUGUGGUGUGGAUGAUGUGUACUGCAUUUUCAUGGGGAGUUUGAACAACUUGCCCAACCUCAACAAGCAGUAUGGGCUGUCAAAGGGAGGUAAUGAGGCACUUUUCGUGAUCGAGGCCUACCGGACUCUCCGCGACAGGAGCCCAAUGCCGGCCCAUCGGGUCCUCAAAGAGCUCGAGGGCAGUUUUGGGUUUGUGAUCUAUGAUCACAAGUAUGGGAUUGUGUUUGCUGCCCUUGGUUCGGAUAAGGCAAUUAAUCUGUUCUGGGGUGUGGCGAGCGAUGGCUCUGUAAUGAUUUCAGACGACGUGUAUCUAAUCAAAGCAAGCUGCGUCAAAUCUUUUGCGCCAUUCCCAAACGGGUGCAUGUACCAUAGUGAUAGAGGGUUGAUGAGCUUUGAGCACCCGAUGCAUAAGAUGAAAGCCAUGCCGAGAAUCGAUAGUGAGGGGGCAAUGUGUGGAUCAUAUUUUGCGGUGGAUGCUUAUUCGAAGGUUAAUAGCAUGCCGCGUGUUGGGAGUGCCGCCAACUGGGCUACCUGGGAAUGA